CUGCAGUUACUCUGUCUGGACUAUGGCACAGUGAACUACUAGGCCAAUCAAAGCAGCUGAGGGAAUUUCCCGUUCCACCUUAAAUCUGGUUUGUUUGUGAAAAAUAUGGAGACGUUCUCUUUUUACGUUGAAGGGUGAAAGCCCCGCCCUGUGAACACUUGCAAUGCACGAGUGAACUUCAACUGUCAAAAGUGGAGGACACAUUAGCUUUUGAGCUGUGCGGUUUUCAAUUAUCAGCAUCGCCUUUGUAAGUGAUCGCACAUCAAUACGCUGUAGGUGUGAUCGAGGCGCAAUUUGUGCACAAAGCGCCGGAGUGCACGGAGGCUGACGAUCGGGAGGGAUAAAGAGUGUCGUCCUAGAAGUGAACAAGUUCUUGGUUGUUUGGGGGGGGGGGGCGAUUGUUGCCAAUAUGUCCAGGAAUCCCACAUUUGUGAGUCCAUUCCACAGACCCCACUGUUUGGCCGCUGCCGCCCAGGCAGGAAAAGCCAAACUCACCCACCCUGGCAAAGCAAUUCUAGCAGGUGGUAUUGCUGGAGGAAUAGAGAUCUGUAUUACAUUCCCUACAGAGUAUGUGAAGACUCAGCUGCAGUUGGAUGAGAAGGCCAACCCUCCCAGAUAUAAAGGCAUCGUUGACUGUGUGAAGCAGACUGUAGACGGUCAUGGGGUGAGAGGUCUAUACAGAGGGCUCAGCUCACUGCUCUAUGGCUCCAUACCCAAAGCAGCUGUCAGGUUUGGUGUGUUUGAGUUCCUCAGUAAUAAGAUGCGUGAUGAGAGUGGGAAGCUGGACAGUACCCGGGGUCUUCUCUGUGGGCUGGGGGCUGGAGUGGCUGAGGCUGUGGUGGUGGUCUGCCCCAUGGAGACGGUCAAGGUAAAGUUUAUCCAUGACCAAUCGUCAGCCAACCCAAAGUACCGGGGAUUCUUCCAUGGAGUCAGGGAGAUCGUCAGAACAGAAGGCCUGAGGGGGACGUACCAGGGUCUGACAGCCACGGUACUGAAACAGGGAUCCAACCAGGCCAUCCGCUUCUACGUCAUGACAUCUCUAAGGAACUGGUACAAAGGUGAAGAUCCUAACAAGGCCAUUAACCCUCUGGUCACGGGAGCAUUCGGAGCCUUCGCUGGAGCUGUCAGUGUGUUUGGAAACACUCCUCUGGAUGUCAUCAAAACCAGGAUGCAGGGUCUGGAGGCUCACAAGUACAAAAGCACCCUGGACUGUGCCGUCAAGAUCAUGAAGCAUGAGGGACCUAAAGCGUUCUAUAAGGGUACAGUCCCCAGGCUGGGCAGGGUGUGUAUGGACGUAGCCAUCGUCUUCAUAAUCUACGAGGAAGUGGUGAAGGUCCUUAACAAAGUCUGGAAGACUGACUGAGAUCACGUUUCCGUGACAACCAGCGGAGUGGAGAACCCCCGGCAGGGCGGGGCUAUGGCCUGAUUCCAAACCCAAUCCCUCUGCCCUAUCCUUAGGUUAUCCAUGACUUGCUACCUCCUUACAGAUCUGAUAUGGCUAGUUAUAUUUCAUUACAAAAAAGUUGGUCUCUGUCCCCUGCCAUUGUUUACACUUAUCAUGGCUGCAUUUCAUUCCAACUGACUAAAGCAAACAAUCUGGGGAUGAGUGCACUUCGCCUAUGAUCCUAUUGGGGAUACUACUAUCAUAUUGUUUAUACCUACAUCCUCUGUUCUUCUUUAUAUCCACAGGGGGGAGUGAGCAAGGGCACAUGGGUAGGGUGAGGGAUUUGGCCUAUAUGACUGGAAUAAUGGGAACACUGUAUCAUUCCAGAGCAGUGUCUUAGACUGACAGUGCUUCAGUUCACUAAUUGCUAUUAUUGACAUCUUAUGUUGUACAUUGAUUAAAGAUGAAACAAUACUUAUGGCUAAAACCCAAUAUAAUGUGAUGUAAAUCAGAGGAAAAAACUUGAAAUGAGAGAGGAGGAUCAAAGGCUUUUAACUCCAAAGACCAUGUUGUAUAUUUUAACACAAUGGUGUGACCCAGUGAAAUGGGUCUGGUAGAGAUGUGGAGGCCGUCGUUCAUACACAUGAUAGCACUACAACAGACAUGCCUGUUCACGUGUCACAUGGGUGUUGUUUUCCAGGUUUAAUGCAGGUCUGAAAUGUAGCUGCUUUACAUACCUGAGUGCAAUUGCAACACAAUGCCUUAUAUAUCAUUAUAUUCAGAGAUAUCUUUAUGGUAGAGCGCUACUAUAUGUACAGUGCCUUGAAAAAGUAUUUGCCCCCUUUCUGAGUUUCUCUAUUUUUGCAUAUUUUAAUACUGAAUGUUAUCAGAUCUUCAACCAAAAGGGACCGUGAGUUUACAAAUAACAAAAAAUAUAUACUUAUUUUAUUUAUUUAACAUUUUGCUUACUGGGACUUCUAAUUUUGAGAGGGGCAGCAUUUUUUGGUCUUGCCUAGGGCGGCAGAACAGCAAGGACUGGCCCUGCUUCCAAGAGUCUUGACGAUCUUCCAGGUGCUUUAUGGCAAACUUGUCAAUUUUUUUGGAGGUCAUGGGUCUGUAUAUGCCUAGCAAAAACCAAAUCAGUCAUUCCGCAGUAAGAACCUUACACCAACGGUCAAUCAUAGGAGUCUAGGUGUCAUUUAGAUUCUGGCCACCAGAGGCAGCAGGGGUUCAAACUGUAGAACCCAGUUCCAACAUUUUAUUAUAAAAAUGUAUUUUAUCAAACAAAACUAUGCUACAUUUUAUCUCUUGGACCUUCCGUAUGACAAAUCAGAGCAAGAUUAC